AAUCAUUUCUUUGUUCACAACUAAAACCUUAAAAUUAUGGAUAUCAAAGGAUUAUGUGAAUGGAUUUACCUUUUUUCAGGAUAAUUCAUUUCAAUUGGUUGGUCGUUAAUUUAUAAAUCUGUUAAUCAAUUGAAACGAGAUGUUAUCAAUUUAGAAAAAGCCUCAACAUGAUAACCAAAGUGAUACCAGAAUUUACAGUCUGUACCAUAGAGUUGGUCCCUCAGCUCAACACAUGUUUACCUUUUUUUUUGUAACCGUUUAAAUCAAUUGUGUUAAUGGUUAAUUGUUAGACAAAUUGUUGACCCACAAUGUAUUCAACUCGUGCACCAAAGCCCAGUUGGAGUAAAUUGAAGAUCUUUACUGUUGGUUUAACCACAGGUUGUGUUGCUUCAUACAACCCGAUCAAAAACACUAUGGGAAUCAAUUAUUCAGUCAAAAAGGUUUCUCUUAUUAGUGAUAAUAAUAAAAUGGUCCAAAUACCUUUAAGCUUACUAGAAUUUGCUGAUGAUGUUCGUCUGGAAGUAAAGAUCAAAGAACAAGCCAAGAGUGAAUUGAAAUUUUUCUUGACCAAAGAAUUGGAUGUUGUGUCAGUUGGUAAUUUAAAUUUAACCAAUGGAGCUAAAAUUGGAAUUCCUUACACUUAUAUUUACGAUAAGGUUGAAGAUGUUGAUCCAAAAGUAGUUGAAUCAUUGAUCGGUGUUGAUAAAUUGACUCAAGGUGAUUGGCAUUCAACGAAGAAUGGACAAAAUCUCAUCAAUUCACUAGUUCUUAGUAAAGAAGCUAAAAAGUUUGCAAUAGCUCGAGGGAUUAUGAUUGCAGACUCAGAGAUGGUCAUGUACAAAGAUGUUUUGCACUUUGCCGGUAUAUUUGGUGCUUUCGCUACAUAUAAUUACUUAGAACCUCGGGCAAUCGGAGUGAUCGGUAAAGUGCCUACGAUAAUUGGACUUGGAACAUUGUUGGUGGUCGGUUUUAUUAGCGUUGCAGUGAUUCUCAGUGAUUAUAUCGAUCAAAUUUGUGCUCAGUCAUGUGAUUCCAGGGCGAUUGAAAAUCCCAAAGAGACCUACGCAAAUGGCGCAAUAGAAUAUUAUGAGAAAUUGAUUGAAAGAAAUAAAUCACUUCGAGGAUUGUUAAUCAAUGGACCGGAGAAAUUUGAUUCUGAUGGUAAUCCAAUUCCAUGGUAUCAAAUUAAUUUCAGCUCUUUACAGGAAAGUUUGGAUAAAUGUAAAAAACUAAUUGAUCGUUGGGUAGCUGAUUCAGCAACUAUUUAAUUACAGUUAAUUGUGGUAAUAGUUAGCAAAUUAUAAAUAUGAAGAAUGAACUUUCACUGUUUUCAUAAUUAAUGAACUUAAUCAUUGAACACAAAGAGAUGAAGCAUAAAAUGAUUAUAUUUUCCUCUGGUCAGAUACUAAAACAACAAUCACUUAAAUCAUUGGCCUGGUUGAUUGUUAUUAUGGAAGAUUAAAUUUUGGAUAAUAAGUAAAUAGUUAAUUUCAAAUUCAA